UAAAUUAAAUUUAAAUCAUUUUACGUAUAAGUGUACGUAUACGAUGUGGCUUUUCAAGAGAAACUAGUUUCCUUGCCACGAAUGGCCAUGCGUUCUGCGUCCUCGGUGGAAUUUCAUUCAUGCACGAUAACAGGACAUCAUGUUGUUUUUCACUGGUCAUUAUUGAAUGUUUUGGCGGGCAGUAACUCUUGUGCUGCGAUUGGCCGAUGUUCAUACAGGGAAUGGCUUAUGCAUAAUUAUCCAAUUGAGAUUCAUAACUCUGACACUAGAGACUGCGUUACUAUCGCGCGUAUGGCCCAUUCAUAUUUUGGGCUGGAGAAACAAGAAGAUCCCAUACACCGUUACAUCGAUAACAGCUGAGACGAGUAUUUGAGUGACGCGCAAUCGAAUAUGUAUGUUCCUCUAGGAUCAAAUGAAGAAAUGCUGGUUGUUCUAUACAUUGGCUUUAGUGGUGACUUUCUCACUAGUGGCAAAUGCAGCAAAAGUCGGCGGUGGAGGUAGAGGUAGCAGAGGUCGUCUAAGAGGACGAAUAUAUGGAUCCGCGGUACCAGUUUUAAUUCCGCAUCGCAAUCCAGCCAGUGCACAUUAUUAUGAGAAUAAAGACGGUGCCAAGAUAAUUAAAGCAUCCCACUUUGAAUUAGACUAUAUGCUAGGACGGAAGAUUACUUUUUUUUGCAUGGCACGUGGAUAUCCAAGACCAGAAAUUACUUGGUUCAAAGAUGGAAUUGAAUUGUAUCAUCACAAAUUCUUUCAAGUACACGAAUGGCCUCUUGGAAAUGAUACAAUGAAAUCCAAAAUGGAAAUCGAUCCGGCUACACAAAAGGAUGCUGGUUAUUACGAAUGUCAGGCUGACAAUCAAUAUUCUGUAGAUCGACGUGGAUUUAGAACGGAUUAUGUUAUGAUCACUUAUUAAUUAUUUAAUUAUGGGAUAUAGGCCACAAUACAAAUUGUUAAAUGCCAAAUAUGCAAAAUUGCUAAUUCGCACUUCUUUUGCCAAUAAAUAUUUGGUGCACGUAUAUCGCACUUUGAACAUUUUUAGUACUUAGAUAUUAAAUAGUAGAGGGUUUCAAUUUCUAAUAGAUGAUAAUCGAUUAGUUUGGCUUAUAUUCAAAUCUUUGUACCGAGUAAAGGUAACAGACAAAAUAUUUUUGCAUUUGAACCAUCAUACCGAAAAGGUUUAUUUUCAAGAUUGUCAAUGAAGAUUCUCCAGGCAUCUAUUGAACAUGAUAAACGAAUCAUAAGUUAAUAUUUACUUGAAAAUAUGUGCAGUACCUUGUCAUUGUAAGACUGAUUAUAUUCAAGAUAAUAAUACCAUUUCCGCAAUGCAUUUCAAAGCACUUUUUUUAGUCAUCUUAUUGACACGUUUAGUGUUAAGAUACUGCUUUUGACUAUUGUUCUAAUACGAAUAGCAUGUUAUACAAUUUAUAUAUCUAUAAAUGUAAAAGAUUUAUAUAAAAACAA